CAGACAGCUUUAAUGCUUGCAAUGCUCUGAAGGUGAAAAUGGACAAUUUGGAUAAUUGUGAUGACAUAAUAGGCGAAGUAUAUGAUCUGAUAAAAAAUAUACGGGAUCCUGAAAAGCCUCAAACACUAGAAGAACUUGGUGUUAUCAAUGAAAGUGACAUCACUGUGCAAGUUUACGCUAAGUGCCGCAUGGUGAAAAUUGAACUUACUCCAACUGUUCCACAUUGUUCUUUAGCAACCAUUAUUGGUUUGUGUGUUCGUAUAAAACUUGAAAAAUAUUGGGGAAAGCAAUGGAAACUUGAUAUUUACUUGAAAGAAGGAACUCAUGAAACAGCCGGAGCUGUAAGUAAACAAUUGAAUGAUAAAGAAAGAAUAGCAGCUGCUAUGGAAAAUCCAGAAUUACAGAAAAUAGUAGAAAACUGCAUUAGUGAAGAUGAUGGCAUAUCUUAAAAUAUAAUUCUAAAAUGUCAAUUUUUCUCCUAUUUUUUACCACUGUUUUAUACAAAGUACAUUUCAUUGAGCAAUUUUACUGUACACUUUGAAAUUUAUUUUUUAACUUAAUAUUAUGCAAGGCUCUAGCUAAGCAUUUGUUACUAAGCCAAAUGUGAUAAAAUUGUAAAUUCGGCAAAACAAACUCAUUUGGUGAAUGUAUUGACAAACAGAAAAGUAUCCCAAUUUUCACAGAAAAAAAACUUACCCUUGAUCCACAAAUUCAUGGCAAAAGAUUGUUAAAAAUUCUGAAAGAGAAAAAAAUAACUUUCUGAAAGAGUCUUACUAAACUUAAGUGAACGCUGCAUAUUAAAAAUAAGUGAUAAACUGCAUUUUAUAUUUUAAAAAAUUAUACUUAACUCUCUGAUUGAAGUUCAAUAGAAAAAGUUGAUUAAAAUAGGUUACAUUAAUCUUUGGCUAAUAUUUUCAAAAUUUGGCUAAUUUACUGGCAAACAAUUUGAAAUCCCUAGCGCAGGGCCUGAUUAUACAAUGCUUAUUAGCUCAGUCAUUGCAACUUAAGAUCUAAAAGAUUUUUUUUUCUUGAUGUUAUUUUGUAAAUAAAAUUUAUUUUGUCCUGUGAAUAUUUCUCUGUAUCAAAUUUUCAGGUAAAAACAGUUCUGAUUGAAAGCAGGUAAAUUUUUCCAUUAUCUAAAAUAUGGUUCACUUAAGUAUUUCUUUUUUUUUAUUUUAAUUAAUGUAUAUGACUGAACCACGACCCAUUUAUCGUUUUAUAAUCAUAUAAAUAUUUGCACAUAUGGAUGCCUCACUUGCCAAAUCGAUUAACUCCAUAAAACAAAAAGUUGUGAAGAAGAUAGUGUUAUCCAUAAGAGUGAAUAGGCCUUCGUGUUACAUUUUCUGCCAUCACAUGGUCAGAAAUGUAAUGAACCAAAACUUUAAUAUAAAUUCACCUGCUAAGCAUUGAUAAAGCACUGUUAAAACAGAAAUGAGGAUUUUUUUUUAAAGUGGAGUUAAUCAAUUUGGCAAUUGAGGCAUCCAUAUAUAAAGACAAAUACAUCCUCUAUUUCAAAUAUGGAAGUUUUAAUGAAAUAAAACAAUUCAAAAAUAUUAAAUCAAAUCUCUUGCAAAUAUAGUUUUUAAAAUUGAAUCUGUAACUAAGGAAGCAUCAAUUAUGUAAACAAUGAACUUAAGCAUGAUUCAGUUAAAUCUUUGUCAAUUAAAAAAAAAAUGUAAAGAAUGAACCACAUCCCAAUUAUUCUUUUAUAAUCAUAAUUGUAUUUGCACAUAUGUGAAACACUUAAGCCUUUUUUUUCAAACAUGGAAAUUUUAAUGCAUUAAAACAACUCUAAAAUAUUUAAACAAACUAGUAUACCUAAUUAUUUUGAAAAUUGAACCUACCUAUUUUGUGAACACUAAUAAAAUGAGUUCAAAAGUGAAGUGAACUAAAAGAUUUGUAAUUUAGCUGAAUAUUUUUUUCUUCUUAA